GAAGUGGUUUCUCCCACCGUGGCAGCGUCUGUCCUGCGCAGCGCUGACUGCAAAUCAAUGAAGCCAGUCAAACAAACGGGGCUGGGCAAUCGAAGUUGGGACAAUUUACGGGGGUUUCUGUUGCCGGAUAGUCGACGACAAUAAGGACAUGUAUACAUCUAAUAUGUAUAGAAUGCUAUUUUUGUGUCCUUUAUCGGAGUAAAGACGAUAUACACGUCAAAGUAUUUUCUACUUAUACGAGGAGUUUGAUGUAUUCCGCUCGUAAAUUGUAUCUUAACUGAAAAAAGCUACCCUCCCUAUUCGAACUGAGGAUGAUUUUUGCUAAUACUGGAAACCCACUAAGGACUCCGUAUCGUAAACAGCCGCCUGUUGGCCCAUCGUCACACCCCAUGGCUCCACCCAGCCCUAGCACCAACAGCAGCACCAACAACAGCAGCAGCAGCAGCUGUGCAGGCUGGGAUCAGCUCAGCAAAACAAACCUCUACAUCCGGGGCCUGUCCCCUUCAACCACAGACCAUGAUCUGGUCAAGCUCUGUCAGCCGUAUGGCAAAAUUGUAUCAACAAAGGCCAUCAUGGACAAGACUACCAACAAAUGUAAAGGAUAUGGCUUUGUGGACUUUGACAGCCCAGCUGCAGCACAGAAAGCUGUGGCUGCCCUGAAGACCACUGGUGUCCAAGCUCAGAUGGCAAAGCAACAAGAACAAGACCCAACAAACUUGUACAUCUCCAACUUGCCUUUGUCUAUGGAUGAGCAGGAACUGGAGAACAUGUUAAAGCACUUUGGCCAGGUCAUAUCCACACGCAUCUUGAGGGACUCCUGUGGAGGCAGCAGAGGAGUGGGCUUUGCAAGGAUGGAGUCGACUGAAAAAUGUGAUGCAGUCAUUUCUCACUUCAAUGGAAAGUUUAUUAAGACACCUGCAGGUGUUCCAGCACCACCUGAACCCUUGCUGUGCAAGUUUGCUGAUGGUGGACAGAAAAAGAGACAAAGCCACAAUAAAUUUGCCCAGAAUGGUCGGGGUUGGGCAAGGGACGGUGACUCCAGGCUGGCUGGAAUGACACUCACAUAUGACCCCAGUGCAGCUGCUAUGCAAAAUGGAUUUUUCCCAGGAGCAUACAGCAUUUCAAACAGGAUGAUAGCUCAGGCUUCCGUGUCUCCUUACAUGUCACCGGUUUCAACAUACCAGGUGCAGAACCCAUCCUGGGUGUCUCAUCAACCCUACAUCAUGCAGCACCCGGGUACAGUGAUAUCACCCUCUAUGGACCCAUCUAUGUCACUACAGCCUACUUCAAUGAUGGCCCCACUUGCACAGCAGAUGAGUCACCUCUCUCUGGGCAGUGCAGGGACGUUUAUGGCCGCCAACACAGCUAUGCAAGGAGCAUAUAUCCCACAGUAUGCACACAUGCAGACAUCAGCUGUUCCUAUAGAGGAAAAUGGUGCACAAUCACAAGUGGACUCAUCUGGCAAUCAUUCCCCAUAUUCGUACCAACAAACCAAGUAGUGCUGAGAGAGAUUAUCUGAGUUCACCAAAUGAUUCAAAUUAUAUAUAAAAAAAUGUUUUGAAAAAGUUUUUAUUUUCAUACUAGAAAACGUUUAUUUUUUACCAAGGAUUGCCACAGGAUACAAGGAAGAAUCAUGUGACUACAUGUUCAAAAUGCAUGAUCGUAAAUAUGUCUUUUGUUAAUAUUUCUAAAUUUCUCUUUUGACAUUUUGAAAAUGAUGUUUUUUGUGCUUGCUGUGUGAGUGUUGCUAUGGUGAAGUGUUAAGUGUUGUUUUUGUGUAAAGUGAUUUUCUUAGUACUUUGGAUUGAUCUUGCUAUCUGAUCAAAAUUUGCCUUCGUAGUUUUGAUACAGUAGCUGUACAGACCACCACAGAGAACGGCAAUAAGCAAAACAUGUUGAGGGUUAUUGCCUUAGGAAAUUAGCUAUGUAGGAGAUUUUUAAUUGAAAUCCAUGUGGUAUUGAUUUUCCCCACCCAAAAAGUAUAGAAAAAUAGAAAAAAAUCUUGUUCUGAAUGAAAUGAUUCCACAUCUGAUGAUUUUCUUGGAUGUAAUAUUUAUUUAGUAAAAAGACCUCACAUGUUUCUGGAUGUUGGGAUGUGUUGGGUUUCUGCUAAAAGGUCAGCUUUUGAAUCUUGCCUUUUUGAUUACUUGGUGUUAGUAGAAUAGCUGAAAUUGAACUUGGUGGGGUGGGGGAAUGGGAAAGGACAAAUGAAUUUUGUUUGUCUGUUGUGUUUUUUAUCUUUUUGGUUGAUGUUAAUUGUUAUUUUGAUGGGGUGUGUCUUUUUCAUUUUUUUCGAAAAACUCACAGCAAAACAUAGACUUAUGAUUGUGUAAAAAGAAAAACUCAUCAAAGCCUUCUAGUAGAACUUAGGCAAAACUUCAGCGAUUUGGGGGGGGGGGUAAAAAUGAGAUGAAUAUAUGUACUUUAUUGCACCUCGCUCUUCGAUAGGAAACAAACAAAUGGACACUUUCAAUUGUAGUUUACUUCACCAAAGAUUGUGAGCUAGUAGACUGAGGAAAUAGCAUCAUUUGUCUCUUUAACAAGAACAUAAAUGACUCUGCAAACUAGAUUGCAGUUUGGACAGUGUGCCUUUUUUGUACAUUCUGUUUUUCAUUGGUAUUACUACAGCACGGACACACACAAGCAUGAAGGAAGGCCUGGAUCCAACAAGUGCCACAGAUUAAUUUCAUACUUAGAAAAAAACAGAAAAUGCUACAUUAUACUAAAGAUUAAGUUAAAAAAGAAAAAAAACAUUAAACUAUGAAAGGACAGUGCUAAAAUAGAAAUCUGAUAUUACACAGCACUAAAAAAAUAGGAUUUUUUUAUCAUAGUGAAUUAAAGCAGGCGUUUUGAUUAUGGUUCCCUCCAAAUAAGCUUGUGAUUCGACCUGGUGGUCAGUCAGACCAGUUAUCUACCUCAGAGUUUUCUUUCUCCUCUGUACUAGGUCGGGUUAGCAGGUCCAGCCCGCCCUUCCAGACCAAAUGCCACGCUCAGGAGCUGGCCACAUAUAGCUGUUUCCUUAUAGGUUGUUUUGAAUACUUUUUAAUUCAAACCUAAUUUUUAAUGAUGUAUUAUAGUCAUUAGGAGGUGUGACAACAUGUUACUAUUCAUGUUCACACAUUCAGUUUUAUCGUUUUAAAAGAGCUGCUGCUUUCACAGCAAUAGAUUCCAGAGGCUGAUCUAAGAUGUUAAAGACCAACAAUGACAACAAAGUGUUGUGGUGUUCACUGGAUCUGUGCUCCUUUAAACAAACAUGUUUGUUGCUUUGUCUUGGGUCUGGACAAACUCACUGCAGCAUUCCCUCUGUAGUUAACUAGGUUGUGCAACGAUUAUACUUGAGAUUUCUGUGUAAUGUCUGAGACUGAGAAAUAAAGUCUUGUGAGGUUUAUGCUGCUAGUGGGGUCUGAACCAAGUGCCAUAGUAUCUGGGUCAAGAGUUGCAGAGGUGCAUCCAUGAAAAAUUGCUCAUAUAAGUAACCACCAUGUUGACAGUCAUUAAGUUAUAUGAAAAAGUUCUAAUUUAUGAAAAUUUUUAUACAGAUAGCUUGAGGAAAUAAGGAUUUUCAUAGAGCUAUAUGAAAGUUUGUUGUUGUUGUUGUUAGUUUUUUUUUUUUUUACUUGUGCCACACAACUGCCAGUGGUAACUUGCAUGUACAGUUUAAGGAUUUUUCUUUUCCUGUAAUUUUGUUUUGUAGUGUAUUUUAAAGCCAAAGACGUUGUUUUUCUGUAGAUUAUUGCCUAAGGUUUAUUCUUUUCAUUUCUUGGACAUUUUUGAAUAAAAUUUUCAAAAGUUUCAACUUUA